AUGGAGAUACCACACUGCUCUUCUACUCCUGAUGACUGGUCCCUGAGCUCUGGCUAUGGCAUGGUACAGGCGUCACCACAGAUCGCUACCGACUCUCACUAUCGCAGCUAUGAUCAAAAAGAGACACUUUUUUUCAAUCUCAUGGAAAGUCAGACAGCAGGUCUCGGCGCUUGUUUCAACCUUCAACACCCAACUCGUUUUUCGGGAAACCCGUUCCCGCCAGUCACCGCGCCAGGCUAUCCUAACUGGGCUCCCAUCGCUUGCGCCGUUGACGCCCAGUUUGAGGGCAAUACAACAGACACAAGCUGUGCUCAUGAAAUUGGCUACGAUGUUAUCAUCUCAAGCUACUACAUCCCUUCCAUGAAUGGCAGCUCCAAGUACACCACUCCUCGCUCAUGCCAUAUUCCGAAUGACGCAGCUGCCAGUACCAGUCAAGGCCAACACUACGAUGUUGUCCCGUUCGGCUGCACGUCUAGUUCGGAAGCUCUGUCCAAUUCGACCACACAGAUGGUUCGCCGCCUUUCUUUUUCCAGCCAACCUACGUCGGAGCUCGCCAUGCGCAGCUUAUUCACAUCCAGCGCCGUCCCCGCCUGGGACCAUGUCCGACCUGGACAUGCAAGACCACUCUUUUGCAUCUUCCACUAUGCUGGUUGCACGUUGCGAUUUUCUUCCAAGAACGAGUGGAAGCGUCACAUCAUGUACCAGCACCUCAAUCUCCAGUACUGGGUCUGCAUCGAAGGUGGCUGCGGCCUAAAGCGACGCCAGGUUGCUGAAGUCCACGCGUCGUCGUUGCCGGCGCGCGGCUCCAUCUUCAACAGAAAGGACCUCUACACGCAGCAUAUACGCCGCAUGCAUCUCAUGCUUGAGGCUGGUCCCGUCGACGCGGACAUCAAAGGGCUUACGUCAAACGAAGUCAAGGAGCGCAUGCGCAGCUUGCAGGCCAGAGCCGCCCGCACGCGCUGCGCCUUGCCGCGCUUCAUGACUUGCCCGGUACUAGGCUGUCCUGCUGAGUUCGCCGACUCCAACUGCUGGGAUAACUGGAUGGAGCACGUUGCUGGCCACAUGCAGCGAGCUGCCAACGGCGAAGAGCCGCUCGUGAGCUUCGGGGGUGCCAAGGACUGGACUCUGACGGAGUGGGCUGCCAACAAGGCAGUGUGCAUCACGCACCAGAUGCUUGAUGGCAAAUGGGCACUUUGCAAAUCGAUACGUGGCAGAGGCAGCAACGCGCCGAGUGGUCGUCUUAAGCAGCGCAAGUAA